UGCCAGUCAGUGCCGCCUAUCAGUGCCACCUAUCAGUGCCGCCUAUCAGUACCAUCAGUGCCUCCUCAUAAGUGCCCAUCAGUGCCACCUAUCAGUGUCCAUCAAUGCAGCCUAUCAGUGCCCAUCACUACAGCCUCAUUAGCACACAUCAGUGAAGGAGAAAAAUCACUUAUUUACAAAAUUUUAUAACAAAAACUAGGAAAAAAUGUUUUGUUUUUUUUCAAAA